UGAGCCUGCGCUCAGGCGCUCUCGGCCUCGCUGCUUUGGGUCUAUUUCGACUACGUUCGCCUCAGACUCGGCUCACCGGCUCAGGCAAACUUCGGAACUGGAAGAAGGUUCAUCCUCGUGGGCACUCGGCUCUGGCACGCCCUUAGACCCGGAAGAAUUACCCGGGAGUUCCGGUGCCGGCUGCUGUGGGCGGCCAUGGCGCCGCUUCUGGAGUAUGAACGACAGCUAGUGCUGGAGCUUUUGGAAACCGACGGGCUGGUGGUGUGUGCCCGCGGGCUCGGCGCCGACCGGCUCCUCUACCAUUUUAUCCGGCUGCACUGCCACCCAGGGUGCCUGGUGCUGGUGCUCAACACCCAGCCGACCGAGGAGGAGUAUUUUAUCAAUCAGCUGAAGUUAGAGGCAGUUGAACACCUUCCUCGACGUGUGACAAAUGAAAUUGCAAGUGGAAGUAGAUAUGAGGUUUAUACCCAAGGUGGUGUUCUAUUUGUAACAAGUCGAAUUCUUGUGGUAGAUUUCUUGACUGACAGAAUUCCUUCAGAUUUGAUUACUGGCAUCUUGGUCUAUAAAGCUCACAGAAUCAUUGACUCUUGUCAGGAAGCCUUUAUCUUGCGUCUCUUUCGUCAGAAAAAUAAACAUGGUUUCAUUAAAGCUUUCUCAGAUAACGCAGUUGCCUUUGAUACUGGCUUUUGUCAUGUGGAAAGAGUAAUGAGAAAUCUUUUUGUAAGGAAGUUGUACCUGUGGCCAAGGUUUCAUGUAGCAGUUAACUCAUUUUUAGAACAGCACAAGCCUGAAGUAGUUGAAAUACAUGUUGCCAUGACUCCUGCCAUGCUUGCUAUCCAGACAGCUAUUCUGGACAUUUUGAAUGCAUGUCUAAAGGAAUUAAAGUGCUACAAUCCAUCUCUUGAAGUAGAAGAUUUAUCUUUAGAAAAUGCUAUUGGAAAACCUUUUGACAAGACAAUUCGUCACUAUUUAGAUCCUCUAUGGCACCAGCUUGGAGCAAAGACUAAAUCUUUGGUACAGGAUUUGAAGAUACUACGGACUUUGCUACAGUAUCUUUCUCAGUAUGACUGUGUCACAUUUCUUAAUCUUCUGGAAUCUUUGAGGGCAACUGAGAAAGCCUUUGGCCAGAAUUCAGGGUGGCUGUUUCUCGACUCUAGUACAUCAAUGUUUGUAAAUGCUCGAGCAAGAGUUUAUCACAUUCCAGAUACCAAAAUGAAUAAAAAGUGCAAAAUGACUGAAAAAACAGACAUAGAAGAAGGCCAUGAAACGAAAAGAGAACUGAUCCUAGAAAGCAAUCCUAAAUGGGAAGCUCUAACCGAAGUAUUGAAAGAAAUUGAAAUAGAAAAUAACAACAGCGAAGCUCUUGGUGGCCCAGGGCAAGUACUUAUUUGCGCAAGUGAUGAUCGAACAUGUGCACAGCUUAGAGACUAUCUCACUGUUGGAGCAAAGGCUUUCUUAUUGAAACUAUAUACAAAAACCUUUGGAAAGGAUAACAAAGCUGGAGAAGUAAAGUUGAAAUUCAAAAAAGAAGACAAUUCUAAGGGAAACCUGAAAUCUAGCAAAGAAUCCAAAGUCUCAAAAGCCAAGGUCAGGACUUCCAUAAAACGAAGACCUCCAAAAAAGAAGCAAGAAUUGACUUUAACUCAAAUGGUAACAAAGAUUGAGGAUGAAAUUGAAGAAGUUGAUUCUAAAGAAACAAGCAACAGCCAAGAAAGCUGCCUUGAGGAAACUGAACCUGAAGUGUUUGGUAUGAAUUUAUCAUCUGAUGCUGCAUAUGGCAUCAUGAAAGAACCCCUCACUAUCAUACAUCCACUUCUGGGUUGUGGCGACCCCUAUGCUCUGACCAGGGUACUACAUGAAGUGGAGCCGAGAUAUGUUGUCUUAUAUGAUGCAGAACUAACCUUUGUUCGUCAGCUUGAAAUUUAUAGGGCAAGUAGACCUGGGAAGCCUAUGAGGGUUUACUUUCUUAUAUAUGGAGGUUCAACGGAAGAGCAGCGCUAUCUUACUGCCUUACGGAAAGAAAAAGAAGCUUUUGAGAAACUCAUUAGGGAAAAAGCAAGUAUGGUUAUCCCUGAAGAAAGAGAAGGCAGAGAUGAAACAAACUUAGAUCUCGUAAGGGAAGCUACACCUUCACAUGCUUCCGCUGACACUCGCAAAGCAGGUGGCCAGGAAAAGACUAAUUUGCAACAAAAUAUAAUUGUGGACAUGCGAGAGUUUCGAAGUGAACUUCCAUCUCUGAUUCAUCGUCGAGGCAUUGACAUUGAACCAGUUACUUUAGAAGUUGGAGAUUAUAUCCUUACUCCAGAAAUAUGUGUGGAGAGGAAAAGUAUCAGUGAUUUGAUUGGUUCCUUAAAUAAUGGUCGUCUUUAUAGUCAGUGCAUCUCCAUGUCUCGAUAUUAUAAGCGACCAGUACUUCUGAUUGAGUUUGAUCCCAGUAAACCUUUCUCUCUUACUUCUCGAGGCUCUCUACAUCAGGAGAUUUCCAGCAAUGAUAUUAGUUCCAAACUUACUCUUCUUACCCUUCAUUUCCCAAAACUCCGUAUCCUUUGGUGUCCUUCCCCACAUGCAACUGCUGAGUUGUUUGAGGAGUUGAAACAGAACAAGCCACAACCUGAUGCCACAACAGCGAUGGCCAUCACAGCAGAUGCUGAAACCCUUCCUGAUUCAGAAAAAUACAAUCCUGGACCCCAAGACUUCUUAUUAAAAAUGCCAGGUGUCAAUGCUAAAAACUGUUGUUCCUUAAUGAAUCAUGUUAAGAGCAUUGCAGAGUUAACAACUUUGUCACAAGAUACCCUCUCGAGUAUUCUUGGAAAUGCUGCAAAUGCUAAGCAGCUUUAUGAUUUCAUCCAUACAUCCUAUUCAGAAGUUACAGCUCAGGGAAAAGUUAAAAAGUAAAAUGGUAGAGGUGCUUAUUUUGCUGACACAGCCAUACUCUUUGGUGCCUUUUAUCAUAAUAGUAGUCAUGCUCUCAUUUCUUCGACUCAUUGUUUUCCAUUAUAGUCAGUAGAACAGAAAUCUUAGAAUCCCAAAACUGGAAAUCAUCUAAUCUAAGCCCCUCAAUUUACCUAUGAGGAUAUAGAUGCCCAGAGAGGGAAUGUGACCCACCCAGAGUCAAAUAGCUAGUUAGUAGCCAGAGCUAGAGUUAGAGAUCAAGUCUCCUGAUGUGAAGGGCAGUCAGUGUUCUUCUUCAUGCUGCAUCAUGGGAGUCUUUUUAAAGCUGUUGGCUUUGCUUCCUCUUUCCCCUUUGGGACACUAGCACAGUUAAAAAUGAAGUAUAUCAUGGUAUCCAUUUACAUUUGUUUAACUGUUUAUCAAGGAGGGAAUUGUUUAAUGAAUUAAAAUUGGUGCUUCUAAAAAGUUUGAUGAAAAUACAUAUAGUCCAGUUCUCCUCUGCCGGCUGUACAAAAUACACCAGUGUAUCAUGAAGACCUCCAAAAGGAAGGGAACCACCUUUUGUCGUUCCUGUCCAAUUUCCUACUCUCAAUGUAGAAACAUUGGAGGAUUUGCCUCAGCUGACUGAAGAGUGCAACCGGUAGAAGUCUUAGCCUGAUGAAUUUCUAAUUAUGAAAAUACAUGUGAUAUAGUUUAGCUAAUAACUUUUUUAUAAUAUAAAGUGAAUUGCCUAUUUGCAGAAGUUUGCUUCUUUGAACAUGCCUAGUCCCCUGGACUCCUGCGUUAUCAGAACCCUAAAUGCUAGUCUUUAAAAGCUUUUUCUUGCUCCCACCUCCUACAUAUACCUUAAGAUGACUCUCUCCAUACCACCCCAAAAUACUGUUUUGAACUCAUUUCUGAUCUAUUAACUUCCACAUUUUGUGAAAUUCUAUGACUACAGUAC